AUGUGGGGUCUAAUGACUCCAAAGAGCCCCAUGAGUCCUUAUGUUGAAGAGAAAAAGUUCUCACAACUCAAAUCUAUGAAUGUUCCAUGGAUUACUAUUCAAACAAGUUCAUAUAAAUCGGCAUCUUCCUCACCUUCAAAAAAGAAUUCACCAAGGCAAUCCAAUUCAGCACCAACAACACCAGAAAGAGUGUUUCAACCAUUUCAAGCAUCAAAGGUUACAUUUAGCCGUGAAGAAAUGAAAAUGUUGGAUCCAGAACCAGAAUUUCAAGAAAAAUUAAGAAUAUAUAGAUCGAAUUCUAAACUACUACAACUACAAGACCGAAAUCAAGAGCGAGAAAAAGAAAUGGCUCUAAUUUCUCCCAAAAAACAAGUUGAACCUCCUCCAAAAAAGCAAAUAGAGAAGUCAGACUCAUUUAUAUCAGCUAAUUUUGAUGAAGAGGAUAAUUUCAUUCGCCAAAUUUCAUCAGAAAUGCUUGUACAACCACAAAAACCUCGAAAUUUCGAAUUAACAGACGACCAAUCAAUUAAAGAUCUACGAAAGAGUGUAUGGCGUCAUUGCCAUGGAAUGAUAAAUACAUAUGACGCAAAAAAGAUCCACGCAGUUAAUGGAAACUUAAAUCAUGCAACGAUAGGGAAUUCUGUCGAUCUACAUCUUACAAAAGGACAGAAGAAAGUCAGACGAGCAAUAGAAGACCAUUCCAGCCUUGAAGAUCCAAUGAAAGGUUUAUCUCAUGAUGAUGUUCUUACAAAUGACCAAAAGGCCGAAGAAAGAGAAUUAAUGAGCUCAAUGAAAGAUACAUACUCUGGAAAAAGACUCAGAAACUACAUAGAAGAGAAUGGAGAAAGACCUCCCAGAUUUCUUGAAGAUAUGGAAUUUACAAAGAAUGCAAUUGUUUCUAGACCAAAACAUAAAGUGUCCUCUAGAUUUAAACCGGCAAAAAGACCAAAACAACAGAUCGAUUCAAAUCAUGGAACUUUUCAAUAG